AUGAAUCCAAUGUUAUUACACUUUGAACGUGUGCUAUCCAGACGAGCCGUCCCAAACUUCUUCCGCACCAAUCCGGUCGAAGUCGUCGUCGUCGCCGCCCAAAGUUCAUCCUCGUCGGCUCCUCGUCGGUGUCUUUCCUCCUCCCAUGAUGACCAACAAGCUGGUCACUCAUUAUUGCUGGUCGACCAUCUAGAGUACCUUGAUGAAAUGUUGGAGCAUACGGCCAAAAUGGAGAAGAAAUUGGAAGGAUUGACAGCGAUCGAUGCCCAAAAAUAUGAUGCCGUUACGAUGAAGACUGCUGGUUCCGCCACUCAUAGUAAUGACCAAGAGCUCAUCGAUAUCUUGUUUCAACAAGCGGCUGUGGAAAAGGAAGAACUCGCAAAGCAGCUUGUGGACUUGAAGAAUAUGAUGAUGCGAGCCCAAAACAAAACAUAUUAUGCUGUCAAUAGUCCUGACGGCAUGUCGGACGCAGACUUGGCUAGCGACAAAGCCGAAGUGGAUCGGAUCAUUGACGAGGCCUCCAAAUUGUCCGAGGAUAAUACUAGUACUGCUACGGAAGCGGUCGAAGAGGAACCCGAGUUCUUGGACGAAGCAGUCGAGGAGGCCAUCGAGAAAGCGAAAGCUCAAGAACGUGACUUGUAA